AUGUCGGUGUCACAAUUGAACCAGGUCAUAGCAGCUCUUGGGACGAUCAGCGAAGGCAAUGUCAGAACCCACGCGGCUCGGGAUGUCGGAAAUGCAGACAACUUGUCGCUUUGCAACCUCUUUAUUGAGAAGGAUGGAUAUGUGGUUAGAUGGCAGUGGAGUGGCUUGAAACUCAUUUCUCGCAUGUCAAGUUGCGCCGCAGCGGCGGUGUUCUACCACAGCCGCAUAAUGAAGUUGCGACACAUGCUGUCGGACGUGAUCGAGUCCAACCCGGACUGCAACCAUGAGGAAGCCGUGCGAAAAGCGUUUGAUGACUGGACGGAGAAAGGCUUCGCCUGCCCGGUCUCAUUCCAAUACAAUAUAUACAGACUCCGAAUCGGAGGCCAAGUCGUUGUACUGCCACAGGUGCAAAGCUUGGAUCUCGCGCUCCGCAUGCGACAGCAGGCAUUGCAGGCGGGGUGCGCUCGUGGCCUAAAGAUGCUGAAGACGCAGUGGGCCCAGCAGGUUGCAGAGUAUGCGGACAAGCGUUGUGAGAUGAUGAAGAGGAAAGCCGAGCAGCUUAUCGGCUUCGCGGUGUGCAAGAAGCAGAAUCAAGAACAGCUUCCGCAAACUCGCCUGCAGAAGUUGGGCAAGCAACCCCCAGACCGUGCAAUACAGGUGCCGCUGUCAGAAGGCAUCGCGAGUCAGUUGGGGGAGUCCGACGAAAGCCUUCAAAGACGCUUUGCCACAGCGAGCGGCCAAGAGAUGCUGUUCCGAUUCCUCCUGGGCGAUAUUGCGAAGGAUGAGAAUGCGCCCAAGAAAGAGUGGGCAUCUCGAGCUCUUGAAGAGCUCGAAGGAAGCACUGCAUCAGCCGCGAAGGUGCGUCGGGUCCAAGACAUGCCGACGCCAGUGCUACAGGACGCAGUGACAGCCCGCAAGUGUCAUGUUUCGGUGCUUCUCAAAAGACUCAGACGCUAG